CUUCCGGGCCGGGAGCUGCGGGCGGAGGGCGAGGUGCCCCGGGACUGCUGACGGGGGCGCGGGGGGCGGCAGCUCAGCCGGACUCCCAGGCCCCGGGCCUUCUCCGGAGCACCUCCCCCACCACCAAGCCACGGCCCCAGCCUGCCCCUGGACUGGCUUUCUCCUCAGUCCUAGGGCGUGGGGACCAGGAGCUGGAGAGGCAGAGGUCACCAUGGAGCAGUGUGCGAGUGUGGAGAGGGAGGUGGACAAGGUCCUGCAGAAGUUCCUGACCUAUGGGCAGCACUGCGAGCAGAGCCUGGAGGAGCUCCUACACUAUGUGGGCCAGCUGCGGGCUGAGCUGGCCAGCGCAGCCCUCCAGGGAACCCCUCUGUCAGCCACCCUCUCCCUGGUGAUGUCACAGUGCUGCCGGAAGAUCAAAGACACUGUGCAGAAGCUGGCUUCGGACCACAAGGACAUUCACAGCAGUGUCUCCCGAGUGGGCAAAGCCAUCGACAGGAACUUUGACUCAGAGAUUUGCGGUGUGGUCUCCGACGCGGUGUGGGACUCGAGGGAGAAGCAGCAGCAGAUCCUGCAGACGGCCAUCGUGGAGCACCUGUACCAGCAAGGCAUGCUCAGCGUUGCCGAGGAGCUGUGCCAGGAAUCAACACUGAACGUGGACUUGGACUUUAAGCAGCCUUUCCUUGAGUUGAAUCGAAUCCUAGAAGCUCUGCACGAACAAGACCUAGGGCCGGCAUUGGAAUGGGCCGUCUCCCACAGGCAGCGCCUGCUCGAGCUCAACAGCUCCCUGGAGUUCAAGCUGCACCGCCUGCACUUCAUCCGCCUCCUGGCAGGCGGGCCCGAGAAGCAGCUCGAGGCCCUCAGCUAUGCCCGGCACUUUCAGCCAUUUGCUCGGCUGCACCAGCGAGAGAUCCAGGUGAUGAUGGGCAGCCUGGUGUACCUGCGCCUGGGCUUGGAGAAGUCGCCCUACUGCCACCUCCUGGACAACAGCCAUUGGGCAGAGAUCUGCGAGACCUUUACCAGGGAUGCUUGUUCCCUGCUGGGGCUGUCGGUAGAGUCACCCCUCAGCGUCAGCUUUGCCUCUGGCUGUGUGGCGCUGCCUGUGCUGAUGAACAUCAAGGCUGUGAUUGAGCAGAGGCAGUGCACGGGGGUCUGGAGUCACAAGGAUGAGCUACCGAUUGAGAUCGAACUCGGCAUGAAGUGCUGGUACCACUCAGUGUUCGCCUGCCCCAUCCUCCGGCAGCAGACCUCUGACUCCAACCCUCCCAUCAAGCUCAUCUGUGGCCACGUGAUCUCCCGGGACGCCCUCAACAAGCUCAUUAAUGGAGGAAAGCUGAAGUGUCCCUACUGUCCCAUGGAGCAGAACCCAGCAGAUGGCAAACGCAUCAUAUUCUGAUACCUGCCUCGAAGGAACUUGGUUUUCCACCCACGAGCCUUGCCGUCUCCGUGGGGGUGGCUGGCUUCAGUAGACUGGUCCAUUUCAGAGCCGAUGCUGAGCACCGCCAUGGACAGAGGCCAAGAAGGGAGGGGAGCCCAUCUGUGCCGGCAGCUGGCUCCUAGGCUGGAAGGGUAGGGACACAAGCCUCUGUCCUCCUGCGGCUGCCCUGUUUUCUGUAUGCCAGUGACUUCGUAGCAGUCAACAAAGCAAAGCACUUGGCCAGCUAUGCAGACGUCUUUUCGACCCUGCCCCAGCCAGGUUGCUUCCAGUCCUGCCAGCACCUGGCGCCUGAGCCGUGGUUCUUCUUCAUGACUGUAUGUAUCCAUUCCCCACUGUAAAUAGUCUGGGUUCAAACCCAGUGCCCUGGUUUUAUAAGUGAGCAAAUAUAUUCACAGGCCUUCUCCUUA